AUGGCCCAGCAUGCACGGCCAGCUCCCAAGAGUCGAGCCCUGUCCUCCGGGUGUGGGUAUUUUCAUGGGGCCGUGGGUCUGGCGCGUUGCCUCCGACCCACCUGCAAGAAGGUGGAGAACAGCACGCACGACCGCCCGCCCGCGAGCCCGAUCGCUGUUGCCGACCUCCGUGCGGGCCUGAGCACCUCCUGUCUCGAGGCUGGAAGCCGCUAA